CUCUUAGAAGACAACUGGAGAUGGCUCAUGAGGUCCAAAGUGUGACGGUGGUCGAUGAAGAAGAAGAAGAAGAAGACAACAAGUGGACUGCAAUCAAGACAUCUCCAGCUAUCGAGGUCGAUGACAAAUAUGACAAAGGACAGGGAAGCGGCCUGCUGCAGAUGGAGGAGAAGUCAUUUGUAUCAAGUCUGCAUUCCUUCAUGAAGGACAGAGGCUCGCCCAUUGAAAGAAUCCCACAUUUGGGCUUCAAGCAAAUUAACCUGUGGAUGAUCUACAAGACAGUUGAGAAACUAGGUGGCUACAAUUCAGUGACGGCAAGGCGUCUGUGGAAGAAAGUUUAUGAUGAACUUGGCGGUAGUCCUGGUAGCACCAGUGCAGCUACAUGCACUCGCAGACACUAUGAGAGGUUGGUGUUGCCCUUUGAAAGACAUCUAAAAGGAGAGGAUGAUAAACCUCUGCCUCUCGGCAAACCCAGGAAGCCGUACAAGAGGAAGGGGAAGGUGAACAAAGCUGAGUGGAAAGGGAAAAGAAUCCAAACAGACAUAGGAAACGCUGAGGGGAUUCCAGAGGCUGCCAGUCAGACUGGAGCAGCGAUGCCCCCUCACCAGUCUACUGUCUGGCCGGGUACUGCUGAAAGACACCAUUUGGACUGCUUCCAGCCAGACCAGCCUCUGACCCCUGACCUUUAUACAUUUCCCCACCAUGUGCAUGGCUCUGCAGCAACCCUCUGGCCUGCAAAUUUGCCUUCGGCUGCUGGAGAGGUCAUCUCUCCUCUUGAGAAAAAGAAGCGAGUGGCUCAGGCCAGCCUUCAAGUCAAAACACUGGGGAAGUGGAGAGACAGGCCCUCUGUCAUCCAACGCUCUCUCUCUCCAGCCUCUUCCAGCCACAAGUGCAACUCCUCUGAUGGCUCACCUUGCCCUCCUUCCUCUUCCUCCUCCUCCUCUUCCUCCCGGAGGGCCUCCCCAUGCUCCAUCUCAUCAGAGGAUGCUCCUGGAUGCGAUGAAAGCAAAGCUGAUAUGGCCACUUCCAGCACUCUAAAAAGCACACUCAACCAAAGUGAGGACAUGCCCAUGAGACAGAUCUGCAAAGAUCCUGCAGGACAGAAUAAAGACAGAGGCAAUGUUAACUCCCCAAAAGCCAAACCUCACAUGAAAGACUGGAAGCCAAAAGGAGGUGGUAUCAACCUCAUGCAUCCUUUUUACUCUGCUAUCAAAGUUAAAUCUGACUGUUCUCCACCACCCUCCUCUAGUUUCGUUAAAGUUCUUCCCAAGUCUACUCAACUCCCACGGCCUACUCCUAUUUGGCCAGGUUACCGAAGCCACCAGACCACUUUGACGCGUUGCGAAGCUUCUUCUCUGAAAAACAUCCCUCUGCCUCUGUGGCUUUAUCAAACUGAAAAGUGGGAAACCCUCAGGGCAAUCCCUACAAAGGUUCCUCCCACCCAGCACACAUUAUCUCAUAACGCCUGUGUACUGCCCCCUUAUGACAAAUCAGACUCUCAUCAGCAGACAACACCGCACCACCCAGCCUUUCUCCCCAGAAUGAGAAUACCUCAGUCUCAGCUCAUGUAUCGCCAUGUUCCAGGCAGUGCAACUUCUUCUGCUCUCAUUUACCCAUAUCCAUAUUCCAUCCCUCUGUGGGGGCCCCACACUGCAUAUACCCUGCCCACCGUGAACACCUUUUAUACUCACAAACUGUGAUUCUUUACGUUUUAGCUCCAGGCAACUACAAUUUCAGGAAUAUUUUUAUGCAAUAUUUCUAUGGAAACUGGAACAUUUGACAUGUUCUCUCAUUAUUAGAGGACCACUGCUAAAAUAGUUAAUUGUUGUGUGCCAGUGUGACCUUAUACCACAUGGAAAUCUUUAUUUCAUUGGCAUAAAAUCACACAAUGUGGCUAAAUCUGACUCUUGUGUGACUGGAUGGUUAA